AUGCUACGAUUUAAGCCAAAAAGAAGGGUUGUAUUUCUUGCUCUUCUAAUCCUUGUGGUUGUGUUCUUCUUCAAGUUCGGCAGCACCGAUGCUUCACCUCCACUAGAGCACCUCAACAUCUUGCAGCGCAGAAAGCAGUAUAGCAACAGCAUACAAGUGAAGGAAAACGACAAUUUGGAAAGCAAGUGUGUUUCAUAUUUUCGCCAGAUGUCCAAAUUGAACAGACCAGGGCUUGAAGAACAGUUUUCCCACGAGCAUGAUGGUCUUUUAUUUAAGAAAACAAAAUGGCUUAGAGAGGCUGGAAGGAUAUACCGGAAGGAGACUCGCCGAAAACAUCAAAGGUUUGCUGAAAAUUAUGAAUUAUUGCUCUUGGAGAAGUUCUACAAGAAAUCAGCUGAGGCCAGCAGACUCGAAGAAGGUUUCGUGAACGAUAUGGCUCAUAUGAGGGCGUUUGGGAAGUGCUUUUUGGAAAACACCAAAAGCUUAUCAAGACAGGCCAAGCUUUGUGAAAAAGCUACAUCCACUCUACUUCCUUUUCUACUGGGCGAGCUUCCAAGAAUUGAUUUCUGUGGGUCCAGUCCAGAUUCGAGCGUUCGCUCUGACGAUUUGUGUUUCGUGAAGCUGUUGAUGCGAAUGGAUCAGGGAGACGGAAUCGUGAUCCCCAUUCUACCUAGGGGUUCACGAAGUCAGCAACUUGUUAGAGCAGUCAGAAUGAUAAAAGUCCUUCGUGCCACAAAUAAUACACUACCCAUAGAGAUAGUGAUGAUGGACGAUAAGCCCGUGAGAAAGGACCUCAAGGAUGACCUAAUACUGGCAGCAAAAAGAGAUGAUAUGAAGGUGCCUGAGUCAUAUUUGAGAUAUUUAGGGAAAUCAAGCAAAGAAAAAGUCGACCUUCCCAAACAGAAUAUUCGUUUUGUCUACUUAGAACGUGCCAUAGAUAAACGAUUCUUUACCCUCUCGGAUCCUUUGACGAUGACUCUUGCACCUUUACUUUGCUCAUUCCAGAGAGCUAUCGUUCUUUCAACCCAGACCAUACCACUCACAAGGGACUUUUUGCACGUUCUUGAUAGUUCCGAUGUUAAAAACCACGGUACCAAGUUCUACAAGAGUAGAGCAAUACAGGAACAAAAGUUGACAAAGUAUCCGCCGGGAUACUUUGAGACCAACGACCUAGUCAACCAGUUGGCAGAUGUGGGAUCAAAUGAGACACUAGCUUUUGGAGUCAAACGUUCCAGGAACCUGUUCACCAAAAGGGUAAGAAGUGAAAGCUACACUCAGCUCCUUGACACUUCGAUGUUCGUUGUCGAUAAGCUGAAGGCUCUUUCGGGACUUCUCAUAUCUGCUGCCCUUCAUUACUACCCCAUUAUUCGGGCUAAAUAUGACUUUAGAAAUGACAAUUUCGAAAGUCUAUGGCUAGGACAAGAGCUUGCCGGCAAUAUUGAGUACGUCCCUUUCAACCCUCACUUUGCAAUUGCUGCUGGGCUAUUGACUCCACCGGAAAAUGUUCAAGUUGGACCUCCUAGCAGGGAAUUGUGUUCAAGCUCUUGGGCGCAGCUAUCCGAGGUGGACGAUACCACGUUAUUAUUGGUGACAACCCAUCAGAUAGAAAACAGAGUGCUACCAGACUUCAACGUGGCGCUAAAGGAAAAGUACCUGACUAAGACCACUCUGUCAGAAGUAGACUAUACUAUCCACGAGCAGAAGCUCAAGAGAAACCCAUUGAGGAUUGAAACUCUUCUCCGGCCGAUUGUUGUUGACGAAAGAAUAUACAACAGAGAUCAAUUGGUGGAGUUGCCGUGGGUGCAGGAAAGUCUGUUUGGGUCUCUGGAUGACUACUGGUGUGCUUACGAUAUUGUGGGCACCACGAGUCUGCCGAACAGGGGAGUAGUCACAGAUCUCAAUGAGGAGCAGCAGUUGUGGUACAAUUCGUUGAUAGAAAUCUGGCUUCUGUCGUCCCAUCAGCAGUCGUCGAGCAUGGUCUCUUACGAAUAG